CGUGUGCAAACAGAUGAAAGUUCAUAUAAGUGGAGAUAAAGUUUAAUCCUGCUUUUGACUCCUGAAUGUGAAUGUUAUGAUCUUUUAAUUAGCUUUUUCUUUUUUUUUUUUUGUUCUGAGAAGGAAACAACAACAUGAAUAAGUCACUAGCCAUCUUAAUCAUCACUGUUCUGCUCUUCAAAGUUAUGUAUUCAGGUGUGGACAGCAUGAUCCUAACAGAUGAAGAUUAUGAAAUGCCAGACAAACUCUUUACGUUUGGUGCUGAAGCGUUUUUGAAAUACUUGGACAAUUUAAAAGAGGCGGCAGAAGCAGUUGUGAAAGAAAAUCAGAUCAGCAAAACAGGUACUGAUAUGCAAGACUUGUGGAUUUCACUGAAGGAGAUGAUGAAGAGGAUCAGUGAUGAGCAAAGAGCUGGAGGACACGAUCAGUUAAUUGUGGCUGUGCACAUUUUACUCCAUCUGGAUAUCUCAUUGGGGGGUUGUCUGUUUCGAGUGUUAGAAGCAUCCAACUCCAAGUACGGACCAUUAGGCGCGUAUGAAGGGAUCCUCAAAAACGAGACAGUGGUGGACCUCUGGAAAUAUGUGGAGUCACGCUACCUUCCAGGAGCUCCGCCAAUCUACAGAGAUCACUUUGGGUUACUCGUUCACCUUCUGUCCAAGAUGGUGGCAAAGUCCCAGGUGAUUGAAGUCCUAAAAGUUGCUGUGGAAGUUGUGAAAAUAGACAUUGAUCUACUUUUUAAGGAAGUACAAAUGGCUGUACAUCUGGUCAGAGAGAAGUUCAUGGAAAUUUCUACCUUAGAAAGGCAGAAUGAGAAGGAUGAGUUUCUAAUAACAUUGAGAACUGCAUCUGGAGUUCUUGCAUUUUAUUGGGAUAAACUAUUGGAAUACACUGAGAGCCAGCCAUUCCAUAACAAGUAUUUAUCUGCUGUGAGGAGGUGGAAGGAGCUGAGAGUGUUGAAAGAUACUAAAAAAUAUCAUAUGAUUACUAGCCCAGAGACAGGACUCCAAUCCUGGACCUGGGCAGAUGAGCGUUUCAGUGAUCUUUUUGACAAUGCAGCCUUAGAAUAUGAUCGACGGGGUAAUGGCAUUUUUGGAGACGAGAGAUUCAAUCAAUCCAACUGGGCCAUUAUGAAGAUGGCGACAGUAUACCCUCUUCCAGUUUUUGAAAGAUUGUCUGAAAAUGGCCUUGGGAUGUCUGAUGUUAAUGAUUUAUUUAUCGACACUGAAGACACUCUCACUGAAUUAGUUGGCGAGGACACCUUGUCCAAUUUGAAGGGUGUGCUUUAUGAAAUGUGGAAUAUUUUCAGUAAUGAAAUUUUGCACGUCUCCAUUAACAAGAAAAACCAAAUAACGUCAAAUGUGGGAUAUGAGGACCCACUGAAACAUUUACACAAAAUUAAAGCAACAUGCUUCGACAUCUGGGACAGAGUUCUCUCUGAGAUCAACAGAAAUAUUAAUAACGAUGGACUCGAACAAUCAGCAAGGCACUGGGAUGAAGUGAGGAGCUUUUUCAUUAAAGAGUUAACUGACAGUGGAAACUUAACUCAAGAGAAGCUAAACAAAGCACAAAAAAGCUUUAAUAGUGUCACACAAAUGGUCUUUGACAAAUAUGUAAAAAUGAUCGAUGGUCUGGAGGAAAGGAUCAGUGCUUCCACCAAAACUCUUGGCAAACUGAUGCUGAAGACUUUUUCUGCCACAAAUACUGUCCUGGUUAACAGUCUGGGCUUUCUGCUGUCUGAUUAAUUCCUCUCAAGGCAGGAGUUUUCUGAUGCAUCCGGUCAGUUAUGCUGGCAGUCUUCAUAAACUCUGACCUGUGGACCUCUUUCAUUGUGAAAAUGUGUCAACACGAUUUUAACUGGUUUGUGUACCCAAAUUAAAAAUGGCUGAACAUUUUUGCACCCUUAGGCCAUCCAAGAUGAAGACGAGUUUGUUUCUUCAUCCGAACAAAUUUGGAGAAAUGUAGCAUUACAUCACUGAUUGGCGGAGGCCCCUGAACCUGCCUGGAACACACAUUUCUAUGAGGUUCCAUUUGUGCCACUUUUUAUUACAUAGCUGUAGGAGUUUUUAACGUGUUUAAGAUGUAAACAAUUGAAA